ACUCACUCAUCAUUAAAAAUAGCGGAGAGGGUGUGAGAGAGUGAGGUUGGAGAAGGCUGCGUGAGCCCCGUAUUUCGAUCAUGUCCUCAUCCGGGACCGACUCAACUUUAGGAUACUUUGACAGCAUCGUGGCUCCUUCCAAGCGUGUUCACAAAGUUUUAUUUUUUUUAGAUUGUAUUUUUAUGUAAUCUCUUUUUAUUACAUAGGCUAUACAAUCAUUUUGAUUCCAUAUCUGAAUAGAUGUAUUGUCAGUCAACGUAUCUUUAUGAAGCACUCAACUAUUUGUGAAUUCUUCUGGGAAGAACAGGUGUUAAAAAUCUGCGGAUUCAACACAAACGAAGGCAAACAUUUGUUACAAAGUUGCAAUUUAGCGUUUGGAUAGGAACAACACAGGAAGAGGUCUUGAAGACGGAUGUAACUCCAUGACCAAUGUCGCGCGCGGUAACGAAUUUAUGAUUCGACAAAUGUUGCUCCCAACAUUGUGACAGUAGUACUUUCCUCGACGUGCUUUGGAUUUGUCUUCUACGUUCAACGAAUUGGACCAGUAGCCUAAUUAUCGGUCAGAAACCAAGACAUGGGGACUCAGGGCACCGGACGAAAAAGAAACCCCAAUAAGGACAGGUCGACGGCCGAGGAUGAUGCCCUUAAUCUCAUAUCAAGAGAGGCAGAGGCCAGGCUGGCAGCAAAGAGGGCGGCCAGGGCAGAGGCCCGAGAAAUCCGUAUGAAGGAGCUGGAGAGACAACAGAAAGAGAUCUAUCAGGUUCAGAAGAAAUAUUACGGCUUGGACAACAAAUCAGACAAAGUAGACAGCGAAUGGGGACACAUCGAGCAAUGGAUGGAGGACAGUGAGAGGUACUCACGCCCCACACAGAGACAUACUUCGAUCUCAGACGAUGAUGAGCGGAUGUCUGUGGGCAGCCGAGGCAGUGUGAGGUCGGAUCUUGAUGCAAUAGGGGCCUACGGAAGAGGGGAGAAGGACAAGAAGUCCAAGAAAAAGAAGAAACACAAAGACAAACACAAAGAUCGUGACAGCAACGGCUAUGACAAUGAGUACAGUGCUAUAUCCAGUCGGAGCUCCAGACUCGGUGAUGAGAGCACUAGCAGGGUCUCUCGCUCGUCCAGACUAGAUCUGCAGCCGAGCUCAAGACUCAGUGAUGAGAGCAUUAGCAAGGUCUCUCGCUCCUCCAGACUGGACCUGCAGCCGGCAUCCUAUGCUUCCUCUGACCUUAACAGCAACAAUGGUCUGUCCUCUUCUAGGCAACGGCUUUCUUCCUACGAGGGCUCUUUGUAUGAGGACAGUCUGUACAGUGGAUCUCGGCGGGUGACCGGCUCCAGCUCUCGUCAUUCAGAGUACAAUAGUUAUCGCGGCAGCGGUUCCAGGGCGUCCUCCAGGGCGUCCUCCAGGGCCAGCUCAGCCCGUGCCAGCCCAGUGGAUAAUGACUGCAACUCUGUGGCCAGCUUCCUGCGCAGCGCGGCCACCAGCAGUGGCCUGCCCAGAGACCUGGAUCACAUGACCAUCCCCAAUUUAUCAGACGUGGAGGACCGAGAUUACCUGGAAAAGGGAUCUCGAGCCACUUCCACCCUAUCGGCAGCCACCCUCGCCUCGCUGGGCGGGUCUUCCUCCCGGGGAGAAAGUGGUGAAACGUCCAUCACUGGCGACACAGAAACCUCCAUACGAGAGAUCAAGGAGAUUCAUGAGCUGAAGGAUCAGAUCCAAGAUGUGGAGUCAAAGUACAUGCAGAGCCUCAAAGAAGUCAAGGAUACCUUAGUGGAGGUGGAGGAGAAGUACCGCAAGGCCAUGGUGUCCAAUGCCCAGUUGGACAACGAGAAGAACAACCUGAUGUACCAGGUGGACACGCUGAAGGACUCGCUCAUGGAGCUGGAGGAGCUGCUGUCCGAGUCACGCCGCGAGUACGAAGGGAAGAGCAAGGACUUUGAGCGUGAGAAACAUGCCCAUGGCGUGCUGCAGUUCCAGUUCAAGGAGAUGAAGGAAACACUAAAACAGAGCGAGGAGUUACUAACAGAGAUCCGUCAGAUGCGUCUCAAGCAGGACGGCUUUGUUAGGGAAAUCUCUGACCUGCAGGAAACCGUGGAGUGGAAGGAUAAAAAGAUCGGGGCCUUAGAGCGGCAAAAGGAGUAUUCGGAUGCCAUCCGAAAUGAGCGGGAUGAGCUCAGGGAUGAGGUGGUCCAGCUGAAAGACAUUCUGAAGAAACAUGGAAUUGUCCUCAGACCUGACCUGACUGCCAAUGGGGAAAUGCUGGAGUUGGGAACUGAAGGGUCAGCCAGUGGAGAUCCAGCUUCUCAAUUGGCUCAGGAUUCCCAGACGUCGCCCAUGGAAGGGGGGAACAGCAUGCUUGGCAGAGCUCAGGAGACGGAGUUGGGAAGUAGAGGAGAUAAGGUGGUGGAUCCCGGAAGGUCCAGGCAGCAAGAGGAUACACACGAGGAGGAGGCUCAAGAGAACCAUCUGACCUCGCCCACCCCCUGUAGCCUCGUUGGUGUUUCUGAAACAGAAACACCAAGGGAGGCUCAGCCAUUCUCACCCACAUUGGGGGAAGAGGUUGAAAUUGAAGGCAGUGAUGUCAACAAAGACUCUGACAAUGGCAUACCAGUAGUAGAGGUCAAAAGUGGACCGGUCUGUGAUUCUCAGGUACUUGUGGUUGUAACAGGUCCUGAGGAAGAGGUUACAGUAGCGGGGGAGGGGUAUGAAGCAGCAGGUGUAGAGGGGACAGGGCAAGGCAGAGUAGAGGUUGCAAGCGAAGGGGAAAUGGGAAUAAAAAAUGACAAGGCAGAUGAGGCAGAGACCAAAGUUGUCAAGAGCAGUGACGACACCAAAGAGACGUCCUCAAAAGAGCCUACCUCAGAAUAUGGUGCAGCAGCUGAACAAGAGAAAAACGAAUCGAGUAAAGACGUGAAAUGUUUAGACUCAUAUCCUCUGCCUAGGGAAACCAUUGAGGACACCAUGAAAAACAGCACACAGAUUAGCCAAGGGACAGACCUUGAUACUAGUAAGAGCCCAAUCAAAUCAAACCCUGAGCCUCGGAAAACAAAAAAGGCUGAAGCGUUACCAGAGAUAACUGACCUGCAGCCACAGGCCCAAGCGGGCAACAAGAAGAAGAAGGGCAAGAAGAAGAAGGGAGAGACACAAAGCGAUGUAAAGCAGGAAGACCAUAAGAAGAGCACAACAGAAACGUGUUUAGUCUCCAUGACAAAUGGCACACAGAUUAGCCUAGGGACAGACCUUUAUACUCCUAAGACCCCAGUCGAAUCAAACCCUGAGCCUCAGAAAACAAAAAAGGCAUGUGUGUUGCCAGAGACCACUGACAUGCAGCCACAGCCCCAAGGAGGCAAAAAGAAAAAGAAAGGCAAGAAGAAGGGUGAGAAACAAGGUGAUGAAACGCAGGGAGAUAAGAUGAGCACAACAGAAGAAGAUGUGGUCUCCACCCCAAGCGAUAAGGAGCCAGUAGAGGCGGUAGGAGAGGGGGUUAUCACAAUAGAGACACAGCGAGAGGAGGGGACCGGUAGUUCACCAGAUCGAGAGCUCCAAAGCCCUGAACAAAAAGCACAAACCAUAGCUGAGGGACUGAACCUGAAGGAAGAACAACUAGAAGAAGACCGAGUAGAGCCUACCAUUGAAGUAUCUCUGACUGACCAAGCUAAGAGUGAGGAAGUUGUCUCAAAGAAGAAAAAGAAGAAAAUGAAAAAGGACAAACACAAACCUACAAUGGAAUUAGAGAAAUCAGAAGGCGAGAUAUCAGUAUUAUCCCUAGAGUCCAACAUUGGUAUUGCUGAUCCUGUUGAUCACUCCAAGUGUAUAACCAGCGCUUAUAACCCUAUGGAGGAAUUAGAAUCGACAACAGAUACUGGUACCCAAAAGGACGAGUCGGGGUACACAACCAACCAUGAUAACUUUGGAGACUGUUUGAAGUCUUCAGCUGACCCUAAAUGUCCAUUGGACUCGAAACAGUCCACAGCUGGGAAUUCAAACAAUGUCAAAGAGGAAGAUGCAAUCAAGGUCUCAGUUGAAGAGGAACAAACAAUCCAAGACUCAAAGGAACUUGAGGGGAAUAACUUUCACAGUCCCAUCGUCCUAAGACCAGAGCUCAAGGAGAGCGUGGAACCUGAAGACCUUAUCUUCCAUGAUGGUGUCGCUACUCACCCAGACCAGGCUAAUGAAAAUGCAACACAAGACCUAAAAGAGGCAGGUCAAGAUAAACCAAAUGGGAGCCCAGAAGAGCGUACAAAUGCACUUGAACAUGAAGACACUUCAAUGGCAAUGCCAGCAAAUGUAGAGAAAUGCAACAAUUCAGCAGAUGAGAAAUGUUGUAGCAUAUCGCGUGACCGCAACUGCCCUGCUGCUGAGACCAUAAGACUGCCUGAACAAUUGGUGGAUCUACCUGGUUGUCCAGUCACUGACAGGCACUUGUAUGAAAACAACAAGCCAGAAACACUUGAUGCAGAAGAGGCAUCAAAUGGAGGCAUCUCUACAGAGACCGAGCUGAAUGAUACAGAAACACUUGAUGCAGAAGAGGCAUCAAAUGGAGUGAUCUCUACAGAGACCGAGCUGAAUGAUGCAGAAGAGGCAUCAAAUGGAGGGAUCUCUACAGAGACCGAGCUGAAUGAUGCAGAAACACUUGAUGCAGAAGAGGCAUCAAAUGGAGGGAUCUCUACAGAGACCGAGCUGAAUGAUGCAGAAGAGGCAUCAAAUGGAGGGAUCUCUACAGAGACCGAGCUGAAUGAUGCAGAAACACUUGAUGCAGAAGAGGCAUCAAAUGGAGGGAUCUCUACAGAGACCGAGCUGAAUGAUGCAGAAACACUUGAUGCAGAAGAGGCAUCAAAUGGAGGGAUCUCUACAGAGACCGAGCUGAAUGAUGCAGAAACACUUGAUGCAGAAGAGGCAUCAAAUGGAGGGAUCUCUACAGAGACCGAGCUGAAUGAUGCAGAAGAGGCAUCAAAUGGAGGGAUCUCUACAGAGACCGAGCUGAAUGAUGCAGAAGAGGCAUCAAAUAGAGGGAUCUCUACAGAGACCGAGCUGAAUGAUGCAGAAACACUUGAUGCAGAAGAGGCAUCAAAUGGAGGGAUCUCUACAGAGACCGAGCUGAAUGAUGCAGAAACACUUGAUGCAGAAGAGGCAUCAAAUGGAGGGAUCUCUACAGAGACAGAGCUGAAUGAUACAGAAACACGACUACAGGACCCUGUAAAGGAAACUCCGGUGACAAUUGACUCUUUUAGGGAACAGAGACACAAUGAAAGUGGACCAUGCACUAUGGUGGCUAAAGCAGAAGAGCAAGAUGAUCCCAUUGAGGCCAAGCUGAAGCGUAACAAGGUACCUGGACCCAGUGAGCAGUGGAAUGACAAGGAGCAUGAAAAUGAGGGUCAAUCGUUUGACUUUUCUGACCUAGUUUCAGUGGUUCCUGCAAAUGUAUUCCCAAUAGCAUCCCAAGAGGAGGUCAGCCAGGAAAUGAGAACGAUGUCGGUAGGAUACAAAAUAGAGGUAGAGCUUGGUAAAGAGAAGGGUAACCAGGAAGAGCAGGAUGACAAACCGCAGGACACAGAGGGAGUUAGCACGAUAGUGGCAGAGGAAUCAAUUGAAGGGGGGUCGGAUAAUGCACCAGAGGAGCUCCGAAGCCCUGAAGAAAAAGCACAAACCAUAGUUGAGGCCCAGAACUUGAAUGGAGAACAACAACUAAUCACAUUAGAGGAGGGGGUUAGUGUAACAUACAACCAGAAAUACAUUGCAGAGGAGGGAGGGAGUGUGACUGUUGAACAGCAAGGUGUAGGGGAGAGCGAGAGGCAGCAGAAUGCAACUGAGGUAGAUGCUUUGCCAGUAGAGGAGGGGGAAGAGGCAAUCCAGUAUGGGUCACAGCAGGGUAGAAGAGAAAGUAGUCAAAGCGCAGAGGGCAACAACGAGCAAUCUAGGACAGGCUUGAAAAAAGGCAGUAAGAAAGUAAAAGGCAAGGGAAAAGAGGACUGCCGAAUGUCCUAGUUGUUAGGUCUGCACUCAAUAUAAACAACAGCAAAUAUUUAUGAAAGUGCAAAGAGUCUCAACUAAUACAGCCAAAGCAAGUACCAUUACAAUUCCUUCCAAAGUUAUAAUUCGAUGUACUGUAUUUUGAGGUCAAAGUAUUUGUGACAUUUUUUGUUUUGGCUUUGUAUUCCAGCACUUUGGAUUUGAAAUGAUACUAUGAGGUAAAGUGUAGCAUCCACAUGAAUUUAAUUUGAGCGUACUUUUUUGUUCAGCACUUUUUGUACAUGCUCUGGUCCCCCCAUUUUAGGGAACCAAAAGUAUUUGGACAAAUUCAUUUGUGUGUUAAAGUCAUCAAAAGUGUAGUAUUUGGGCCUAUAUUCCUAGUACUCAAUGACUACACUAAGCUUGUUUGAUGUAUUUGCAGUUUGUUUUUGGUUGUUUCAGAUUAUGUUGUGCCCAAUACAUUAUUUAACAUUACAUUUCUAUUGUCACUUUUAUUUUAAAUAAGAAUAUAAUGUUUCUAAACACUUCUACAUUAAUGUGAUGCUACCAUGAUUAUGAAUAAUGGUGAAUAACGAUGAGUGAGAAAGUUAGAGGCACCAGACCAUAACCCCAAAACAUGCUAAACAGGAGAGGUUGAGGGGGAUGAUGUGUAUGGCUCUAUAGUUUUCUCACUCAUCAGUAUUCAUGAUUAUCCAUAAUCAUUGUAGCAUCCACAUUAAUGUAGAAGUGUUUAGAAAUAUUAUAUUCUUAUUUACAACAAAAGUGACUCCAAAAUGACACAAUACAUUAUUUACCAUACGUUUCUAUUGGGUAUAAGCUUGAUGUAGUCAUUGCUUGGAAUAUGGGACCAAAUACUAAACAUUUGACUACUUUAAUACACAUAUGUGAAUUUGUCCAAAUACUUUUGGUUCCCUAAAAUGGGGGGACAAUGUACAAAAAGUGCAGUCAUUUCUAAACGGGUACCCCAAUUUGGAUGAAAACACCCUCAAAUUAAAGCUGAUUAUGAUAAACAUUAGACAUAUGAUGGCCAUGCAACAACAAAUAUGCCACUGUCCAAAUACUUUGACUUCACAGCAUGUGUGUAUUUUAGCACAUUUUUAGGGAAGUUUGCCAUAAGGGGUGGGCAAUCUUACCACGCAGGCUGUUUUUCCCCAAACAAGCAGUAACACACCUGAUUCAACUAAGAAAACCAUUCAUUUAAGACUAGUAGUAGUUGAUAAGUAGAAUCAAUCAAAUGUGUUACUACUUGCCUGGCCCUGGUCCUGGUAGGGUACAUUGCCCAUACUCUCGUAUAAAUCUGCAGCACCUAUAUCCAUUUAACAUUUACAUUUACAUAUCCCUAUAAUGUAAUAUUGAUUGAUUGAAUGACAGUAUGUUUUUCUUCAUCUAUUCAAGGCACAAUGUUUAUAUUGCAAUGCAUGAUAUUUGUAUCGUCGUACCGUCCUUCUCUCAUCCUGUGAUUUAUGGAAUUACCGGCCUAGUACACAAGGGGGCGCCAAAAAAAACAACCCAUUGGCCGUCUAACCAGAAUGCUAACAGAAUUGGCACAAGCAAUAGUUAAUUUCCAUGGAGGCUGCUAGCUAAAUAUGUUAAUGAGCCCAAACGAAAAUUAACAAAUUGCAAAGACAGGCAAUCCAGCUCAUAAAGGUAUAACAUGUAUACGUAGGAGGUAUACGUAGGAGCUACCAAAUCUAAUUUUUGGUUAGUUUAGACAUUUACAAGCUAAAUGUGAAUGGCAGACUUUGUGCAAAUUAAGUUUUGACUCAUGCAUGUCUGUGUGGAGUCGCUGGGGAAGGGGCCUGCCUGCUCAGACGGAACGUGAACGAAGAGGACAUAAAACGCAAGGAAAUCAAGCAGUGGUAGCCUUACAGAUAAUUCAUCCAAAGGGCUUUGAGUUCUCAAACACAGCAGAAAGCUAACACCAUACUAUGCCCCGUCAUCUUAUUAAUUCAGCCACUUACUUAGACAACUAACAAGUUAAACUUAGAGGUCACGUUAAUGCAGAUUUCUGUUUUUAACGCAGGAAAAAAAUAUAAAACAUAACAAAUCUUGCUGAAUUUUGUAAAUGCAGAUCUAAAAUGCUUAUUAAAAUUUCUGUUCGGCAUCAGA